GGAUGGACAGUUUGUUUCCGAACGCGAAAGGAAUCGCUCGUUGUUCUAGUAGCGGCCGAAUGUACUAAUACCCUUAACACCGUAAACAAAGUGCGUGCGUUUGUUGCAAAACGUGAAGUUAAGCCAUAAGCCUGUAAAGGCUCGUUGCCUCGGCUCUUUGUGUGAGGUGAAAGCUUUUCACGUAAACGAUCUAUGAUGUAUAUCUUCAUACCAAUCUACUUCCGUAGGACUCUUCAUUAAUACAUCGUUAAUCAUCAACCUGAGUGCCGUUUCGAGCGCCUGAAUGUAGGCUCUACAUUUCACUUAAGCUACCGAAAACAACAACAAAAAAACAAAGACACAUACAAUGCGAUCAAUACGAAGGCGAUCCCCUUAUCGACUGUUUACCAGUGCGUUCGUUUUGCUUCCACUGUUACUGCUCCUGCUCGACGCAAACCACCUCGUUCGGGGUCUCCGCUGUGACCGCUCGCCCGAAGGUUCCGGUGCCAACAAAUCGCCCGCCGAUGGACGCUUCCGGCUGCGCAUAUCGGGCAAUCCGGAGAAGUACGUGCCCGGCGAAUCGUACACCAUAAGUCUCGUUGGCAUUCGGUCGAUGCAGGUGCCGCACAAGUUCUCCGGCUUCUUCCUCGCGGCAGAGAAGGACUUUUCGCUCGUGCGCGGUGACGGACCACCGUCCGGUGUGCAUAAUGUCGGAACAUUCCAGCUGUCGGGUGAUGCACUGACCAAGUUUAGUGAGCGUUGCCCGAACGCCGUCACACAGACGAAUUCGCUGCCCAAAAGCGAAAUCCAGGUGAACUGGAUAGCUCCGCCGGCGGGCAGCGGUUGCAUUGCGAUACGGGCGACGGUGGUGGAACAUCGGGACGUGUGGUACAUGGAUGAUGGACCGCUGAGUAAGAUCUUCUGCGAGGAUGAGGCGGACUCGGUCGAUACACAGCCGCCGGUGCUGAAGGAAUGCUGUGCCUGCGACGAGGCCAAGUAUGAGCUGACGUUCGAAGGACUCUGGUCGAGGCAUACGCAUCCGAAAGAUUUCCCUUCCAAUGGGUGGCUCACGCGCUUCAGUGAUGUAAUCGGAGCGUCCCAUACGGUAGACUAUCGGUUCUGGGAGUAUGGACAGGUGGCCAGCGAAGGAUUGAAGCAGGUGGCCGAGCACGGUUCCACACGGAUGCUGGAAAGUGAGCUUAAAAAUCAGAGCGACAAAAUCCGUACAAUAAUUAAAGCACGCGGCAUUUCGUAUCCCAAUGUGACCGGGAAAACAUUCGCAGUAUUUCGCGUCGAUUCCAAUCACCAUCUCGUAUCGAUUGUAUCGAUGCUUGAUCCAUCGCCCGACUGGAUCGUUGGUGUGUCGGGGCUAGAGCUGUGUCUUACGAACUGCUCCUGGAUCGAGAACAAAAUACUCAACCUGUACCCUUGGGAUGCCGGUACCGACAGUGGUCCAACGUACAUUUCGCCCGACCAGCCAACCAAUCCGCCGGAAGUGAUCCGACGCAUUAAGUCCAACUACCCGAACGAUCCGCGCUCACCGUUCUACGAUCCAUCCGGUACGGAGAUGAAGCCGCUCGCACGGAUUUAUCUAUCCCGACAGCGGCUGUACGAGAAGAACUGCGAUGCGGACAAUGAGGAGGAGAACGAAACGAAACAAGCAUGCGAAACAGAACCUUGGUCCGACUGGACGGAUUGUAGUGCACGUUGCGGCAUGGGCAAACAUACACGGCGCCGUGUCUACAAGCAUCCGAUGAAGGCAAGGCAGGCGGAAUGCAAGGUGAAGCUGUUCGAUAGACGUGCGUGCGUUGGGACGUACCGGGACUGCGAUUACAACAACCAGGACAUUGAGGAUGCGUACCUGAGCGAUCCGGAGUGUGAGGUAACGGAGUGGGGCCCUUGGAGCGAGUGCAGCUCACCGUGCGGCAAGGGUAACAAGACGCGUUCGCGCAAGUACAAGAAGAAGGGCGCUCGGAAGAAGUGUGAACGUCUGCCAAAUCCACCGAUGCUCCAGCAGACGGUAUCGUGCGAUGAGGACUGUGGUGGUGACAUUUCUCAGCCCGUACUAAGCUCGGACAUCAAUCCCAAGUGCAAAAUGACGCAGUGGUCCGAGUGGAGUCCGUGCAGUGUGACUUGUGGGUUGGGUCGCAAAAUGCGCACCCGUAUGCCCAUCAACAAGAACAUGCGGGUACACCAUAAGCGAUUCGUGAGCUACUACAUGACCCGUCGCCGGAUGACGGCACUGAACGACGAGGAAGACAGCGAGGAGGGAGACGGUGGCGAAGAUAACGAUCUGCACGUUACCGACCAGAACGAUCCGUGCUACGGUGUGGAAACGGUAGAAGAAGUUACCUGCGGACAUGAUUUACCGCCGUGCGUUGGGUUAUAUGGAGUGCCAGAACUCUGCUUCCUCGAACCGAAACCGGGCAAUUGCCGUGACUCGCUGACACGCUGGUACUUCCAAAGCGAUAAGAACGACUGCUCGAUUCUCUUCUUCACCGGAUGUGGCGGCAACAAUAACAACUUUAUGUCUCGCGAGGACUGUCUCGAUACAUGCAGUAAAGACCGUAAAUUCACCAACAUUCCGAUACGGGACCAGAUCAGUACGAACAGUGCUGGCGCUUCCGACGAUGGGACGGAUCUGAAGCAAGACUGCAAAACUUCACACUGGAAGCGAGGUCCCUGCAAUGCUACCUGUGGCGAAGGUUCUCGCGUGAAGAGUCGCACAAUACUGGUGCAUCCCUCGAAUGGUGGACAACGGUGUCCCCGGAAGCUGCGCAAGGUCGAGCGGUGUUUCGUGCACUGCGACUCCUCGCGACACGACACGAAUCCCUCGUGGGGCCCUAGCACCCGGUACGAGCCAGAACCGAUCGAGUGCGAGUACUCGGCCUGGUCGGCGUGGUCACCGUGCAGCAAGACCUGUGGCGAUUAUGCCGUACAGCAGCGUACCCGGUACCUGCUCGAUCCCGACAAUGCCCGGUUCUGUCCGCACCGGCUCGAGGAGCGGAAAUGUGAUAUCAUGCCUUGCCUGUUGGGCAAAUAGAUCUGCGUACGGGGAGAUGACGCGGACCCAUGUGUCGCGCAGGUCGUCCAGUACGAUGAUGCACAAAACCGUGGACAGUCGUCCGCCAGUUAGAUUUAUUUCCGUUCACUCGAGCCACACGAGGUACGUGUGUAGUAGCGUUUAUACGCUGGGUUAGAAUGUUUAUGGAGAUGUACACCCAACACAGAACAGAAAGUAGUGAUGGCUUCUCACAGCGACAGGAAGCGAGCAAAUAUUGUCGCUCGUGUUGCAAUUUUUUUUUCGUUCGUCCCAAUAUAUCUCAUCGAUUGCAUCGAUAUUUUAUGUGUACCAAUGUAUGUUUUUUGUCCUUUAUUUGAUGUUUCGUUCUGCACCUUUUGCGUUGUCGGAUCCAAAUCCGACAUUGAUGAAUGAAGCCCAGCUGUAUACCCAUUGUGGUUGUGGAACGUGAUGAGAAAGUUAAAGAUAUCUCCCAUUCCCGUUUUUUUUUGCAAAAAAUAAAAACUCAACAAAACCCCAAACCACUUUGCUGUUUUUGGGACGAUGUGGAAUUAGGUUAUAGAGUUGAAGGAUUAAACGCAGAACGAAAACAGAAUUUAGACGUUAGAAACAAAACGAAAUCCACAAAGAGAUAGGGAGAGGAAGAUAGAGCGGCGAAUACAUGGAGUAACGCACGUCCUAUGCUAGCAAGCAACGGAAUGCACUAAUAAAAAUGGAACACACAUACAGAGGUAACACAACAGAGUACUUUCAAACUAAUAGAGAGAAUGUAAAUCACGAUCCCGGAUGACGAUUGCACAGUGCAAUGCAUUUUGAAGCCGUUUGGAGAGAAGCACGAGUAAAACAGUAAGAUGAGUGUGAAUUGUAUGUGAAAGAAACAGAGAACGCAAACGAAAGGAAACGGUGCAAUCUGAAUGACAUAUAAAUAAAUGCAGACAUCAUGUAUCCUUCUAAUAAAUAAGAACAAAUAAAUUGGAGAGCACGUA